CUCUGUCUCUUCGGGAGAGAGGAUGCGGAUGGAAGGACGGGGGAGGGAUGAAGGGAUGAAGGGAAACGCCACGAGGAAAGAAAAUAGGAUAUGAAAAGGGGCUUUUGCUAAGAGACCGUGAGGUGCAAGGUCGAAUAUGAGAGAUUGGUUGAACGGGGCACUUUGCGUGGUAAUAGCUGGUCGGCAAUAGUACUAUGAUUUGGUAUGUGGCCACUCUGAUAGCAAGUGUAUUCAGCACCAGAGGAACGGCCGCUCAAGGUGCCCACGGAGUGAGAGAGGAGCCCCGGUUUGUGACGGCGCGCGCUGGAGAGAGCGUGAUCCUGGGGUGUGACGUGUCCCCUCCCCUGGACGGCCAGCAGCCUCCCUAUGUGGUGGAGUGGUUCAAGUUUGGAGUGCCUAUUCCCUUCUUCAUCAACUUCCGCUUCUACCCUCCUCAUGUGGAUCCAGAGUACACUGGUAGAGCCUCUCUGCAUGGGAAGGCCUCCCUACAGAUUGACCCUGUGCGCUCCGAGGACCAGGGCUGGUAUGAGUGCAGGGUCCUGAUGCUGGAGCAACAGUACGACACCUUCCACAACGGCAGCUGGGUGCACCUCACAGUCAAUGCCCCACCUUCAUUUACAGCAACGCCGCCACAAUAUGUGGAGGCGAAGGAAGGGGGAAGCACUCUGCUUAGCUGCUCUGCCCAGGGAAAUCCAAAACCAAUGAUCAGCUGGCUGAGGGAGGGGGAGGAGCUUGCAACCAACGCAAAAUACUCGGUACACGAUGGCAGUCUAACCAUCCUUGGCAUCACUAGAGAUGACAGAGGGGCGUACACAUGCCGAGCCUACAGUGACCAGGGAGAGGUGCUCCACACUACCCGUCUACUGGUUCAAGGCCCUCCAUACAUCGUCUCUCCACCAGAAAACGUCACUGUAAACAUAUCCCAGAAUGCACUCUUCACCUGCCAAGCGGAGGCGUAUCCUGGCAACCUGACCUACACCUGGUUCUGGGAAGAGGAUAACGUCUACUUCAAGAAUGAUCUGAAGCUCCGAGUGCGCAUUCUCAUCGACGGCACCCUUAUCAUCUUCCGGGUCAAGCCGGAGGAUGCCGGGAAAUACACCUGCAGUCCGAGCAACAGCCUUGGUAUCUCGCCCUCAGCAUCGGCCUACCUGACUGUUCAGUACCCUGCCCGAGUGAUCAACAUGCCCCCGGUCAUCUACGUCCCACGGAAACUGCCAGGCAUCAUCCGAUGCCCUGUGGACGCCAACCCACCUGUGACAUCAGUGAAGUGGGAGAAAGACGGCUAUCCUCUCAGAGUGGAGAAGUACCCCGGUUGGAGCCUGAUGCCAGAUGGAAGUAUCCGGGUGGCGGAGGCCACAGAAGACUCCCUGGGCACCUACACCUGUGUGCCUUACAACGCCCUGGGUACCAUGGGCAUGUCCCCCCCUGCCACUUUGGUGCUAAAGGAUCCCCCUUACUUUAAUGUGAGGCCUGGGGGGGAGUACCGUCAGGAGGCUGGGAGAGAGCUAGUUAUCCCCUGUGCUGCUUCUGGAGACCCUGAUAUACCAUCCAUCACCUGGAGAAAGGUGGGGAAGCCAAGCAAGAGUAAGCACAACAUCCUACCCAGUGGCAGCUUACAGUUUCUGUCCCUCAGCAAGGAGGACCAUGGAGAAUGGGAGUGUGUAGCCACCAAUGUGGUCACAAGCAUCACUGCCAGCACGCGUAUCCUAGUCAUCGGCACCAGCCCACAUGCUCCUGGCAAUAUCCACGUAUUGCCCUCAACAACCUCUGCUAAUGUGUCCUGGGAACCAGGUUAUGAUGGCGGCUUCGAACAGACGUUCUCUGUGUGGUACGGUCCAGUGUCAAAGAGAACAGACUUUGGUCCUCACGACUGGCAUUCGAUGCCAGUUUCUGGUGCUCAAACCUGGUUGGUGGUGCCAGGGCUGGAGCCUGGGACAGAGUACCAGUUCAGUGUGUUGGCACAAAACAAACUGGGCACCGGCCCAUUCAGCGAAGUUGUGACAGUCAACACUGCAGGCUCUCCUCUGGGUACCCCAGAACCACUGGUGCUUCUUACUCCACCACGGUGCCUCACAGCCAAUCGCACGCAGCACGGUGUCCUCCUCACAUGGCUCCCACCAGCCAACCACUCCUCACCAAUCGACCGAUAUAUCAUGGAGUUCCGCCUUGGAGAGAGGUGGGAGGUUCUGGAUGACCUGAUCCCGUCCACUGAGACUGAGCUCAUAGCUAGAGACCUCGUUCAGGAGUCCUGGUAUGAGUUUCGCGUGAUGGCUGUCAUGGAUGACCUGAUUAGUGAGAGCAGCAACGUAGUGGGAGUGUCUAGCACAGAUCCCUUCCCCCCUCCGGAGUUGCCUGAUGAGGGGCUGGCGCGGCCUGUGGUGGCGGGUGUUGUGGCAACUAUCUGUUUUCUGGCAGCGGCAGUACUGUUCAGCACUCUAGCAGCUUGCUUCGUCAAUAAGCAACAUCGUCGCAAACUCAAACGUAAACCAGAUCCCCCCUUGUCGGUGACACACUUCAGGAAAAGCAUUGAGUCACCGUUAUCGUCGGGGAAGAUAAGUCCAGAGAGCUCUCCUCCAUCUCGACCCCGCUCUCUUUCGUCAGAGGGUUCCCACGGUCCAGGCCUGUAUGUCAGGAAGCUGCCCAGCCCUCAGAGAGAAAGAGACAAAGAGCUCUCCUUCUACAAGAAAACCAAGCGUGCCAUAGCCAGCAAGAAAUACAGUGUGUCCAAGUAUGAGGCAGAGGUCACCACGCCUAUUGAGCUGAUAAGCCGUGGCCCUGAUGGCCGCUUCGUCAUGGAGACCAGCCCACCGCCCCGCCGCAUCCAGGGCUUUCCCUUCGCAGAGGAGUCUGACAUGUACCCUGAGUUCCGGCAGUCCGAUGAGGAGAAUGAUUUUGACCCUGGGCCUCUGCCGCCCAUCAUGCCCACGCUGCGGCCCCAGCUCUCCCCAACGUCCUCCAGCCUGGAGUCAACGCAACCCCCCACCUACAGCCCCCGCCUACACAGGCCCAUGGAAGGUAUGAGCUUUGCAGAGGGCAGUGCACUUCACGCCUCAGGGCAGGCCCCAGCCUCCCGCUACAGGGGCUUUCCCCAGGGCCCAUUCUAUGGGUAUCUAGGCAGCCGCGGUGAAUCAGGGAUUCCACCACCAUUCUACAUGCCUGACAUCAGCCCGCGUAGCUCCGCUCUGUCCUCCCCCCCAGGCACUGCUGAGGGGCCCUUUGGUUACCCCUCCAUCCCCGAGGAGAGUGGAGAGAUGGAGCACCAUCAGUACACUGCCUCUGGUCAUUCUCUGUCUCACACACACAGCCCUCCUCCUCGUUCACCUGAAAGCUGGCAGCCUCAUGAGUUACCCUUCCUGGGUCUAGAGGGUCCACGGUUCAUAUACCCACCUCACCAUCCCUUACAUCAUCCCCAGGACCUCCCUGACCCACCCCCAUACCCUCCUCACUCUCUCCCCCCCAGUCGCCUGCACCUCUCUUCCCUAAAGGAUCCAACAAGCCCUGGACUCCUGCAGCUGGAGGUCCCUGUGGCUCCCCCAGGCAGGGACAGGCCCCUGGGGCCUCCGGUUAGGCGUUUAGCUAUGCAACAGGCCCAGAGUCUCGGCCAGCUCAGACACACGGCCCACGGUGUGGGUGUACCAGUGUUGCCUUACCCUGACCCGGCAGCCCGUGCAGGGAGCCCAAGCACAGCCCCCAGUAGUAGCCCUCAGUCCUGGCUCAGCCCGAGGGCGGGGCGCCGGGCAGACCCCAGCCUACCCCCGCUAGUACUCCAGCCCUCCCGCCUCUCUCCGCUCUCCCAAAGCCCUCUUAGCACCCAGCCAGGUUCCCCAGAUAUUCUAGUGCGCCCCCCUCCGCGCCCCAGCAUCCUCCGCACCUCUCGGUCUUUGGAGAUGCCUGAGCUCACCCUGCAGCCCUCGGCCACUGUCAGUUUCUCUCGGAGGUCCUCCCUGACCGCCUCUCCCACUCAGGGCGCCAGGCUACCCAGCCCCAGUUACCACGCCCACAUGUCCUAUGCCUCCACUGCAGCCAGUUACCCCUCCCAGUCUCCCUCUCCCCCUCUGGAGGGCAGGGAUGUUUUCGGGCAGAGGCCAUCCCAGAGAAGGACAGAGGAGGAGAUGCUACCCUCAGAGCCCUCUCAGCUCCAGAUAUCAGCCUCAGGGGAACCUCUAGGUGCGUCUAGUGAUCCUGCCGGGUCUGAGAGCUUACCAGCACUGCUACACCACUGUAUUACUAAAGCCAAGGGAGUGGCUGCUGCCAACAACAAUAACAACACAACCUCCGGAAGGAGAACAGGUGCAUGUCCCUCUCAGACCCAGCAGCAAUCUCAGACACCCCAAGAGGGAGAGGAUCUCAGCCUCCACAGAAAGAGGAAAAGGCAAAACAAGAAGAACCCCUAUCUCUAUUUGACCUCCUUCCUGCACCGCAGGCAGUCUGAGGAGGACCAGACAGGCAUUCUGGCUAGUGCAGACUCAGAGGGCCCGAAUUAUGGGACUCUACGCUGACCUGUGUGCCCACCAAGCCAUUGGACUCGACUAAACUGACCUCCCCUGACCUCCCUGCCCCGCCCCAGUCUCUGUAUCAAGCUAAUACAUUUCUUAUCAUCUCUAAAAGUUCAUCAGUGUUUGGGGAGCGGGGAAAACAUCCAGCUGAAUACUCCGGGGUUGGAGAUCUUAUUUCAAGUCAAGAACAAUGGCGUUUCUGAGUUGUCACCACUACUUGUCUCUGAGGAAUUUCACUUGAAAAUGCUCUGAAAAUAUAUAAUGUAUAUACAUAGUAAAACAAGGGAAUUUAGCUUCCUCCUACAGUAAUAACAAUGUGUUGGUUGAGUAUGUCACAACACGUUACAGAUUUUUCACUCACUGGUCAUUGAGGGGUCCAUAAUCUUUAGGUUUUUCAGUGAUACAGUGUACUGUGAAGCCUGGUGCGUCCUCGGACAAGGACAUGAGUCUACCUUUCCUACAAUACAAAUAGUUUCAGUAUUCAAACACAGGGUUCUUACCACAAAAUAUACCUCAGAGUAAACGCAGAGUUGCUGUAAUUCUUGUGGUAUACUGUACGUACGUGACCUUUUUACAUAUGAAAUGUAUGGAUAAAAAGGUUUAUAUCACACACCACACUCAUUCAAAUGGAUAAUAUGGCCUGACCUGAUCUAAUUUAGAAGCUUUUUAUUAUCAGUAGUAGCUGGCAUAUUGUGUUUAUUUUGAUUUGUGAUCUAAUGCCAACCAUUAGAAGACUGUCUUAAUUUUAGUGCUUGAUGGCUCAGUGUGUUUACACUCAUCAUUAUAGCACCGUAUUAAGAUAAAAAAAAGAUAAAGCCUUCAUGAGAACUCUCUAAAUAAUUUGGGACUUACACGCUCAACAGAGGUUGGACUUGUAGGGUUUAGAAGAACAGGGUGAUGAAUUGUGAAGUGUACUGUAGUAUGUAUUUCAUUAUUAAGAAAUCAUUUGUGAAAUGUGGCACGUCUCGAGGUGCCUUUUUUGCCUUUUUCUCUCUUGUUUUUUCUAACAUAAACUGCCUUUUCCUUCGCCUUCUCAUAUUUGUCUCUUCUAGGGGAGUGAGGGACUCCAAUAUUAUCUGUGUUUUUACUUUCUCUGCCAAGGACACAUGAGAGAAAAUGCUACAGAAAAUGCAUAACUCUUGUUUUGCUUUGUUUUUUGUUUUUUUGGUUUUUUUUUACAUGUACAUUUUAAAUGGGUAACUGCUUCAACUGUGUAUUAACCAAGUAGUGGGACAGAACCAGAAUACCCAUACAAAUAAUUAAAAAAACAGAAGUUUAGAUUCAAAAAAAGGCAAAUAAUCAAUAAAUAUAACUUUAGUGGAAAAGUACAGAAGCACUGUACAUGAGUUUUAAUACAGAGAAAACAAACCAGUAGAGUUCGGAUGUUAAUGUUUAACAACAGCUGUUAGAGGAGAAUGUGAUUGUUUCAUGAAGCUGUUAACAAGCAAUGGGAAAUAGUCCAACAAUGGCCACCCCGACUGUUUAUCUUUAACAACUGUAUAUUACUUGCUAGCUACUUCUCUGUAUGUUUGCUAAUUUUUCGACACUAACCGAUAAUGAAUGUAUGUUUUGCUGUACAGGAAAUGAAUGUCCCGAUGUCACAGUACAUUGAAUGACCCAUUACGUUGUUUAUAGUGCAGCUGCGAUUGGUAAAAUGAGCAGUUGCCACUUUAAGUCCAAAUUGUUUUACUUCUUUGUGUUAUUCCAGUAUUUUGGUAUAACUAAUGGGCCCCUUACAGGUUUUGAGCCAAGCUCCUUUUGUUCUAACGGCUACAAACACAACCGGUUUCCUUUCAUUGCCAACGCUGGUCCAAUCCGUCAAAGACAAAUCAGAUAUGUUUCCAACUGCUACCAACAAAUCAAGAGGUUUUCCGACAAAUAUCCACAUGAAUGAAUCAACUCAGUGUCUGCUUACUGAAAUCUCCAACUCUUUUGACAAGUGAGAAAGUGAUGAUUGCCUGAAAGUGAGUGUCAAAGUGCAUAUUCUACUUUAACAAAUUGGUUUCAUGUAAGAUACGAGGAAAAAACUCUAUAUUUGUUAUGUACUGUACAUGGUAUGUAUUGUAUUUGUAAAGAUAAAUCAAACCAUGUUUUACAGGAAGACGUUCUUGUAUGAGGAUGUAUGAAAAGACGGGAAGGAUCCCAAGGAAAAAGAAAUUAGAUUAUAUAUAAAAGUAUUUGCUUACAGUACGGCUUUAAGUGGAUAAUGUUUCUAAAACAUUUUAAGGUGCCUCAUUUGUCAUACUUUAGCAGACCUUAUUUUAUCUGAGAAGAAAAGAAACCUUAAUGUUAGUACCGUACAAUGUAUUAUUGCCAUAGCCCGCUGGCUGCACAAGUUAAGUAGUAUUUUCUCUGAUGUAUAGUAUGUGAAUGCCCAUUGGAAAAAGCUUUAGAAGCAGAAGUGUGUUGCCCUCUAUAAUAUUUCUGGAACAAAGUAAUACUGUAUUUUGCCCGUUCAUGAGCACACAUGUAGAUUCACUUCAGAUCUUUCGCCUUCAGGUGUCCAAAGCAAAUAAACUGAAGGAAACUUUUUUCUAAGAGUCACAGACAUGCUAUAGUCAUGUACAAUACGUGCUGUGGAGGAAAUUGUGUUUACAUUAGUUUGAUAAAGAAAAGUGUGUUAGGGCAUAGUUGCUUUGAACAUUACAACUUGGUGCUAUGUUUAACUUUGUGGUGCUGUAGAAUAGAGGUCUAAAGAUUUUUUUGUUUGUUUGUUUUCUGUUUCCACAAGCAACUCUUUCGACCCUGUGUGUUUGAGCAACUAAACUAGCUCUGGUAGACACUAUAGGUCCUUAUCAUAACAGUAUCAUGGUGUGAUGACAGUGAUAGACAAUACUGGAAAAUAGUAGUAUAACCUCAAAUAAUAGAGACUUGUGACAUUCAAAUGAACUCAAAGAUGACCUGUUUUCUAUAGUGUGUUUGCAAUGUCUGUCUGUGCUUCCAAGGUACCCUCUCUAAAGUAUAUUUGUGAUGAUAUUGAGAAUAUUAACCCAGCCUAAAAGGAGAAACAUAACCUGAUUUUAGAUUAGUAAACGCCACAGGACACAUGGGAGGGAAAUCCGAGAGCAUUGUCAGGUCAUGAGGGGAUCUUUUCUACACACUUCCUGUAGGUCUACCAUCUUUGGUUAACAGCACUGUUUUUCAAGCACACUACUGCAGGGGGGCGUAACCGUCUCACGUCAUCUCACCGCCGUUUUGACGGUAGAAUUCCUACUAGUACUGUACAGUAUAGCCAUGAGUAGUCAUCACACCACAUUUGUAUUUAUUGCUGAUUCUCCUGGUAGAAAGGUCUUGGGAAAGCUCACACAUCCUCUCCAUGGGUUUUACGAAUGGAUGUCGUCUUCCGGGCUCUUUUUUGCAUAUUCAACAGAAACAUGUACAGUGUUUAAGAGGGCUGCUUUGGACGUACUGUUAGCUCAUUUUGUUUUGUUUUGUUUUUGUUUUUUCCAGUUUUUCUGCUUACAGCUUUUAGUGCAUCACUAGGUGCUGAUAGGAUGAUACGUAGAAACCCGAUUUGAUUUUUUAUUGUAUUAAUCUUGCAUGUAGAGACAAUACAAAAAAACGCCUAUUUAGCAAUCAUUCAUGGACAUCCAAGCUGGUUGUUAUUGGACGGAAAAUAGAAAUAUGUAGUAUUUUCUAUAUUCUCUGUUUUUUCAUGUGUACCAGCACUGAGAAACUAGAAUGUAUUAUUAUCGUAGGCUACAAUAAGCACUACAUUGUUGACUGUUUUAGCUAAUGCUCAUACUCAAGCAAACCAAGUAGUGCUUAAAAAGGAAGAAAAUUUACAUUUCAUUUCAUUUUCAUCCACUGAACUCUGUGCUGUACAUCACAUGUUUACAUUGUGUAUUAUAUGUUAAUUCUGUUUGUUUUUUUGUACAUAAUUUGUCUCCAUACUGUUCUUUAAGUUGUAUUCAACAAUGUUCAUAUGUAAAUAUUUCAAAGCAAAAACAUUUUUUACUUUUCUCUGUUUUAAACUGAUAACCUGAUGUUUCUCUUUUUAUUUUUUUGGUCAGUUUUUAGACUUGUCAUUCUGUUCUGUCACUACAUCAGGUAUUACGCUUCACUUAACUUUUUGUGAGCAAUUAACUCAUACUGUAUGGUGCUGUACCAAAGCCUUAUGUAUAAUAUUUGUAUUACUUUUCUCUCGUUUGCCACUGCUGUCCAGUGAAUUCUGUAUACGUCUGAGAUCAUGUCUUACUCACUCUUCAUGUUCAACUGCCAUGGAUCUCGUUUCUUUAUUGAGUAAACAGAAACCUGAAUGAACUAUGAUGUAAAAACACUCUGGCCUCUUACCAACAUGGCCUGGAUAUAUAGUGACAGUCGCCAUCAAAAGCCUUUAUAGGGAAAAUGCACAGGCUCACUCCUGGUGGCUCAUCAUGACGUAGACAUGGGCCUAGCACAUGAUCUAUGCUCUAUCUAUGGCAUGUCUGUGAGAAUAUGAAAGCAGUGUUGUAUUCAUGUCACCAUAUCAUUUCAAAUGCUUAGUCCCAUAUGAAA